ACAGUUGACAUUGACAAUAUCGUUUUAAGAAAUUGUUAUUAAUAAAAUUAUGUGAUUUGUAAGUUACGAGUCGUUAGAGUCCGUAGUGGGUAAUUGUAAUUGAGUAAUUGUUGUUUAAUAGUUAACUUGAAAAAAAAUGUCUUCCAGUUCAGACAGUGAAUCAGAUUGUGAAAAAACCACCAUUUCAAGGCUUGGUGAAUGUGAAGUUUGUGGUUCAAAACAAGCUAUUUAUACUUGCCCAAAAUGUGAAGUAAAGACCUGCUGCCUUGACUGUGUCCGAAUACACAAGAAGGAACUAGAAUGUAAUGGAAUCAGAGACCGGACCAAAUUUGUAAGAAUGAAAGAUUUUAAUGAUACUGAUUUGCUCAGCGACUACCGGUUAUUGGAGGAAUGUGCACGGUUUGUUUAUGCAGUGAAGAGAGAUGAGAAAAAAAAGUAUACAAGGAUAGACAGAGAUUUGCCUUUGCAUUUGUACAAAUUAAAAUUGGCAGCAAGGAAACGAGGCACAGUUCUACAAUUCUUGGCCGCUAAUUUUACAAGGCAUUCCAUAAACACCACAAAAUUGCAUUUCAAGAAGAAUGUUAUUUAUUGGAGAGUCGAAUGGAUUUUUCCUAAUGUUGACACGAAACCCUUGAAGUUUUCCGAUGAUCAAUGUCCCGAACAGACAAAGUUGUCAGAGCUACUUGAUAAGUACUUAAAUCCAGACGCCAUGCCAUUCGAAGGAUCUAAAGACCUUGUUUACUAUAAGUCAGCUGGAUUUAGUGGUGUAAAAAUUCUCUUAAAAGCUGAAAAAGUAAAAGGAUCAAAUAAAAAAUUCUUUGAAUUGGACCCGACAGAAUCAUUAGCAGAGAACUUAUCAGGAAAAUGUAUUAUUGAAUUUCCGAUAAUAUUUGUUGUCCUCAAAGACCAUGCUUACAAUUUUGAAAUAAUAUCACCUGGUGAUGAAUUUGAGUCUAAAAGAAAUGAAAUUAUAGAAGUAGAUAAACCAAAUAUAAAAGAAAUUGGAAAGUUUGAUACAUCAAAUGUUACAAAUGGUGACACAAAUAUGGAAAAAAGUAAAAACUACACGGAGGAUGGCAAUUAUAGGAAGAGACCGAGAACAUUGUUGACAGAACAAAUUGCCAUCGAAAAGAACAAAGAGAUUGAAAGAGAAAUUAAAGCAGCAAAGAAAAAGAGGCCAAAAAACCUUCUAUUUACAACUGGCUACUCAUCAGAGGAGAGUAUAAGCAGCGGAAGUGAAGAUGAAAAUGAUAAAUAAACAUUACCUUACAUUAAA